UUGGCCGCAAUGGCAGGGGGGAAGCGGAACGCGGAAGAGGCGAUGGAGGAGGAGGAGACGCCGAUGAUGGGAAGGGACGAGGCGAUAAGAGCUGCCUCCUCUCAGCUCGUCGUGCUCGCUCAGAAGGCCCUCGCUGAUGCCCUCAAGGCCAUCAAGGCUUCGGCCGACCUCGACCGGUUCGGCGCGUCCUUGACCAACAACAGCGACAUCGUCGACACUCCCGGGACGCAGCCAGUAGUCGUCGUGCUCUUCGCUCUCAAGCUUCUUCUCGGUGACAACACGUGGAGCACGAUCAGAGAUGGUGCCUCUCUCGUAUCGGCCAUGGAGGCCUGGAGUCCCGCCACCAUGACCCCUGAGCAGACGGGGGGCGCGCAAGACUUUCUUGACAAACACAGGGAAGACGAGUACUUCCAGAGUGGAGAUCACCUCGGAGGGAAGCUUGAGAACGAUCUUUUCGAGUGGGUGGAUGCUGCUUUCACCAUCGCCACUCUCUGAGCGGCGUGAUGGAGAUGGAGGCGCGCAAGAACGUUUGCCAUGCAAAAUUCACUCAAGGAGGACGAAGGCAGGGAGGAUGAGAGAGAGACAGUAAUGUACAGGUGUGAGGGAAAGCGGCAUCUCAAAUCAC